AUGGCUUCCGAUGGCCGCCAGAGCCUCGACGCACCGCCCGUCUCCCGCGUCAAGUCGUCCGCCUCCGUGGCCAGCGCCUUCAACUACCCCCACGGCCACCUCAACGCGCUGAGCGACCAGCAGGAAGACGCUCUGCUCAAAUUCAAGGCUCUUCUCGAGAAGCGAGGAGUCUGGAAGCGCGGGCCACCGCCGUCGCACAACGACCAGACACUGCUUCGCUUCCUCCGUGCCCGACGCUGGAUCGUAGAGGACGCAUUCACGCAGUUCAAGGAGACCGAGGACUGGCGCGCCGCCAACGAGCUCGACGUCCUCUACGAGACCAUUGACCUCGACGCCUACGAAGAAUCUCGCCGCCUCUACCCCCAAUGGACGGGCCGACGAGAUCGCCGCGGCAUCCCGCUCUACGUCUAUGAGAUUCGCACCCUCGACAACAAGACGGUCGCCAACUACGAGAAGAACGGCGCCAAGUCGGGCUUCUCCAAGGCCAAGUCGGACGGCAAGACGACGCCCGGCCUGAUGCGCCUCUUUGCGCUCUACGAGAACCUCACCCGCUUCAGCCAGCCCUUUUCCACGCAGCUCACCGACCGCGAGAGCCCCGACAUCCCCAUCACCCUGAGCACCAACAUUGUCGACGUCUCGGGCGUCGGCCUCAAGCAGUUCUGGAACCUCAAGGCGCACAUGCAGGCCGCCUCGACGCUCGCCACCGCGCACUACCCCGAGACGCUCGACCGCAUUUUCAUCAUUGGCGCGCCCUUUUUCUUCAGCACCGUCUGGGGCUGGAUCAAGCGCUGGUUCGACCCCAUCACCGUGUCCAAGAUCUUCAUCCUCGCCCCGCACGACGUGCUGCCGACGCUCGAGACCUUUAUCGACAGGCGCAAUAUUCCUAAAAAGUACGGCGGCGAGCUCGACUACAAGUUUGGCCAGCUCGGCAUCCCGGACCCGGCCUGGGACGGCGUCGUCGAGUGGGACAAUGGCUACACGUCGUUUCCCUCGGGGCCACUGGUCUGGGAGGACGUUGAUGGUCAGUCUGACCGCCUGCAGUGCAUUGCGUUGGGCUACAAGGACGGCAAGCCCCGACGGGAGCGCGUCUGCACCAUGCCGCGCACCUGGUCGCCGCCCGUCGAUGGGGAGGCUCCGGCGACGACCAACGGAGUCGACACGGCCGCUGCUGCUGCUGCGCCGGCUGAGAAGGAGGCGGCGGCGCCCAACCCGGAGCAAAAAUCGCCCGAGUCCUUCCGCACCGCUGAUACCCAGGUCGACACCCAGGUCGACAACAACGCCGACGCCAUGGAGAAGCUGGCCAUUGACGAGAAAAAGGUGGCCGCCGAGGCCCCCUCUGCGGUGGCCCAGGCUGCUGUUUAG